AUGAAGGUGUUAAACAAGUGUCAAGGUCCAUUAACUCCAACUGGUACUAGGAUUUUGGAAUCAAACACAACACUAGCUAGUAAGUAUCAUGCACGAUGGAAUGGGGGACAAAAGUAUCAGGUUAAAGGUCCAUGGAAUGAUCAACAUGUGGUGGACAUGGAGAAAAAGGAGUGUAGUUGUAGAAAGUGGGAGCUUACUGGAAUUCCUUGCAAACAUGCAAUUGCAAGCCUAAAUGAAAUGGCAGACAAUAAUGAAAAGGUGGGAGAACUAUACACCUAUGUGCAUAAGGUGUAUUGGCUUGAUACAUGGAAAGAGAUGUACUCCUUCAAGGUGGAGCCUAUCAAAGGUAGAGCCAUGUGGCCUAAGAGUGACUGCCCAACAACUCUUGUGCCUCCACCACACAACAAAGCUAUAGGCAGGCCAAAAAAGAAAAGAAGGAUUACAACAGAGGAAAGGAUUGAAAUCCAGCAACGUAAGAGGCAAGCAAACAGUCAAAGUCAAAAUGAUAAUGAAACUCAAUCACUGAGCAGGAAGUUUUUGACUGUGACAUGUAGUAAGUGUAAGCAAAAGGGUCACAAUGCCAGGACCUACAAGGCCAAAGAUGGGAAUUGA